CCGGGCCGGCGCUGUGAGGACGCGCUCCCCCGGGCCGGCCGCCGCCGCCAUGGCCUUGCGCAAGAAGAGCGCCAAGAACCCGCCGCUGCUGAGCCACGAGUUCGUGCUGCAGAACCACGCGGACCUGGUGGCCUGCGUGGGCAUGUUCUUCGUGCUGGGGCUGCUGUUCGAGGGCACGGCCGAGGCGUCCAUCGCCUUCCUGACGCUGCAGCACGGGGUCCCCGCGGCCCCCGACGCGCGCGCGCCGCCCCGCCUGCUCUACCGCUACGGCGCGCGCGACCUGGCCACCGUCUUCUUCUACACGCUGGUGGCCGUCAUCGUGCACGCCACGCUGCAGGAGUACGUGCUGGACCCCGUCACGCGGCGCCUGCAGCUGCCCAAGGCCAAGCAGAGCCGCUUCAACGAGGCCGGCCAGUUCGGCGCCUUCUACCUGGUGUCGUGCGCCUGGGGCACGUGGGUGCUGGCGGCCGAGGGCUGCCUGGAGGAGCCGGCCCGCCUGUGGCGCGCGCCGCCUCGCCGCACCAUGACCUUCCACGUCAAGUUCUUCUACGUGGCGCAGCUGGCCUACUGGUUCCACGCCGUGCCCGAGCUCUACUUCCAGAGGACGCGCAAGCAGGCCGUGCCGCAGCAGCUGGUCUACAUCGGCCUGCACCUGUUCCACAUCGCCGGUGCCUACCUGCUCUACCUGAACCACCUGGGGCUGCUGCUGCUCACCGUGCACUACUGCGUGGAGCUGCUCACGCACCUGUGCGACCUCUUCUCCCUCGGCGACAGGAAGCAGCAGAGGGGGCUGUCCCUGUGGGCCGUGGUGUACAUUUUGGGCCGGCUGGGGACGCUGGUGGUGUCGGUCCUCACCGUGUGCUUCCACCUGGCGGGGGGCCAGGCUCGCCAUCCGGACGCCGCGGGAAAUGUGAACGUGCUGGCCGCCGAGAUCGCCGUGCUGUUGUCCAGCUGCACCAUCCAAGCCUACAUCACGUGGAACUUGUUCAGUGUCCAGCUGCAGAGAUGGAUGGAAGGCGACGCUGCUCUCCAGGCCCCACUUGUGAAGAAGAAACGGACGAAAGGCAGGUCUUCUAGAAAAGGAACAGAAAAUGGUGUGGCCGCUUCGAAUCGCGUGGACUCGCCCCUUAAGAGGAAGGAGAAAUCUUCAUAAUGAAUGAGACGCAUACUGGUUCAUGGCCGCAAAGAAGCCUGCCCUCUCCUAUAAGAUAUCUUUCCACACUAGAGAACUUUUCUGUUCUUGACGAUAGUUCGUGCUGUGUUGACUUUUGCUAUGGUACUGUGUAAUGUAUUUUUUAAAGGCAUUUGAGGGGAGAAGGAUAUGAAUGGAAAAAGCAAACAAACUUGCUUUACACUAAGCUGCUCAUCCUCAAAAUAAUUUAGGGAUCACCACCGUGUUUUGUUUUGUUCUUUGCGUUUGAACAUUUUCCUAAUGAUGUGUAGAGAGAGCCACAAAAUUCUGAAUAUCAGUGACACGGUGUCUUGCUCUCACCAAUCUUUUGUAACAUUACCAAGAUGGUCUGUUAGAGCAAGGCCAUAUUUUUAAUGUUCUCUUUCAGGAUAAAAUGGAAGUAUCAUAAAUGUCAUUUUUCAGUAAGUUUUCAGUAUUCUAUAAUUCUUACAAUUUUUUGUUUUAGAAUUUACAACUGGAGGAAAAAAAUUGUAAAACCACCAAAUAAAUGAUGUUUUUUUGUAGAUAGUGGUUGUUAGUGUGAAAUUCCCAUUAAAAAAUACGAACAAAAUACUAAUGGGUAACAUCUGUGGAGAUUUAUUGCCAUAUAGUGAAUCAAAUUAUCUUGAAUUAAUAGAAAAGUAUUACUGAAGAGGUAAACCCAUUCUUGUCCAUUUUAAACACUUGUAAACUGGAAAUUAGAAAAUUAAAUAUUUAACUGUA